AUGGAUCAGAAAUCGGAAAUCCCUGCAGAUCCUAUGUUGGAUCCUGCACACCAACAUCAGCAUGCACACCAUCACCACACCACUUUUGCCGAACAAGGGCGCGAGGAAGAGGUCGUCUAUGCCCAGGAAACCACAUUCGACAAGGGUGUCCCUGAGCCUACGCCGCUAGAGCAAUCCAGCAAGAGUUCCGACGAAGAGGCUGGGCAGAAUUACCCAGCACAACGCACAUGGCUCCGUCGCGUCGGGAAACAAUGGCGACACAUCGUCCACGCCGUCAUCUGGCUCUUGUUCACCGGCUGGUGGAUUGCUGGCCUGAUUCUGCAUCGAUAUGAUCUAGGAUGGUUGAUCCCCUUCCUCCUCUACUUAGCUAUCACUCUGCGCAUCAUUUUCUUCUACGUGCCCAUCUCCAUCGUCUCCAAACCCAUGCACUGGGUCUGGGAGCGUACCGCGCGCCCGUUCGUGAGCUUCAUCCCCCAGAAGCUCAGAACACCCUGUGCGGCCGUGCUGUGCGUGGGCGUCAUUCUGAUCGGCUCGUUCGCUUCUCCCGAGUCGGAAGAUAAUACUCGGGAGAACAGAGCUGUCAGUCUGUUCGGUAUGGUGGUCUUCAUUUUCGGUCUGUGGGCUACCCCCCGCAACCGUAAGAAGAUCGUCUGGCACACGGUUAUCGUCGGCAUGUUGUCGCAGUUCAUCAUCGCUCUCUUCGUGCUCCGCUCAGGCGCAGGUUAUGAUAUCUUCAACUUUAUCUCUGGCCUUGCGAGCGAUCUUCUCGGAUUCGCCGUUGAGGGCGUGGAGUUCUUGACAAGCGAUGAUUUCUACGCAUUGAAAUCUCCCUUUGUACCAGCCAACUUCUUCCUCGUCAGCGUCAUUCCGGCCAUCAUCUUCUUCGUCUCCCUCGUUCAGCUUCUGUACCACUACAAUAUCCUCCAGUGGUUCGUCGGCAAAUUCGCCGUCUUCUUCUUCUGGAGCAUGCGCGUUUCUGGCGCCGAGGCCGUCGUCGCCGCUGCCUCCCCCUUCAUCGGCCAAGGCGAAUCAGCCAUGUUGAUCCGUCCUUUCAUCGAACAUCUCACCAUGGCCGAGUUGCAUCAGGUCAUGUGCUCCGGCUUCGCCACCAUCGCCGGAAGUGUCCUCAUCGCUUACAUCAGUAUCGGCGUCAAUCCACAGGCCAUGGUCAGCGCCUGUGUGAUGAGUAUCCCCGCCUCGCUGGCAGUUUCCAAGCUCCGCUGGCCCGAGGAAGAAGAGUGUCUGACGGCCGGACGUGUCGUGGUCCCUGAAAAUGAGGAGCACCGAUCGUCAAACGCCCUGCACGCCUUCUCGGGCGGUGCAUGGCUCGGUCUCAAGAUCGCUUCUAUGAUCGCCGCCACCCUGCUGUGUAUCAUUUCUCUCGUGGGACUUAUCAACGGCCUCCUCACCUGGUGGGGUCGAUACUUGAAUAUCAAUGACCCCCCUCUUACUCUUGAGCUGAUUGUCGGGUACAUCUGUUACCCAAUUGCCUUCCUGCUCGGAGUUUCCCGUGACGGAGACCUUCUCAAGGUCUCCCAACUAAUUGGCCUCAAGCUCGUUACUAACGAAUUCGUCGCUUACAACGCACUCCAAAACCACGCGGAAUACGCUGAUCUUUCAGAUCGCUCCCGUCUCAUCGUCACCUACGCCCUUUGCGGUUUCGCCAAUAUCGGAUCCUUGGGUAACCAGAUCGGUGUGCUUUCGCAGAUCUCGCCGGGCCGAGGUGGUGAUGUUUCAAAAGUGGCGUUCAGCGCCAUGAUCACCGGUGCCAUCAGUACCUUUACCAGCGCGACGGUUGCCGGAUUGCUGAUCACCAACGAGAAGCAAUACUUCUCCACCUAG